AUGUCCGCCCUCCCACCACCACCACCAGCGCUGCCGCUGCCGCUCCAGCUCCUCUCUCAUCUCCUGAGUCAAACAGCUUAUCUAAACAAAACCCUAUCCCAACCCAUCUCCUCCUCCUUUUAUCCCUUCACCUGGCUAUCCACACUUCACGCUUUGAGGACUUCUUUGGCUUUCAGAGCGCUUGCGGGUUGGGCUAGGGCUAGGGCUGGGGCUGGGAGGAGCGAAGAUGAGGGGCUGGGCAUGCAGAAUGGCGAGAGGAGGGGGGAGGGGCAGAAAAGGCAGAGGCGGAGGCCAGGUCCGGGCUGGAUGCAGGACACGGUGGGCUUCUUGAUCAUGGUGAGUCUUGCCGGGCGGGGCGGGGCGGGGCUGCAUGCUGUCACGUGGUGGAGCGUGGAGAGAGAUGUGGAUGUGUGUGAUGGACAUCUGACCGUUAAGCGUACUGCUGUUCUACCUCGCUUCAACUGCGCGCACGGUGUCAAGGCAUGGGGAGGAAGUUUCGCAGUGGCGUAUCUGAACAAUACGGUUCCCACGCAACUGCUCUUCAUCUCUGCCCCGCUCAACUACCUCUCUGCGCAUCUUGUGCUGCAAAGCCUGCUCUGCUUUGCUCCCGCGCCCAACGCUGCGCUUCUCGACACGUGCCUCUUUGUGCUGGAUGGGGCGAUGCGAGCGCAAGCUGUCAGUCUAGGCGUCACGCUACCCUCGCUGCACGCAAACCCACUCGUUCGCACCUCUUUGCCCUUUCACAUCCUCUGCGGCGUGCUAGCAGCCACAGCAGGCUCGCAAGUCGCAGGCAUGCUGGGCAUCUUUCACCACACCUGGACACUCGACGCUCCGCCGUUUGUGAGAGCGCAAAGCUUGCUGCAAGUCGUCGACAUUUUCGCCGCUUUUUUGGCCGCCAUGUCGUACGGCUGCAUUGCACACUCCCACCCAUCCUACACCGCCCUGCAUGCGGCAUGGUGGAGCAAGUUUGCAUUUGUUUAUGCUGAUCAGCAGGCCAACGAGGAUGAGGUUGCACAGAGCGGCAAUGUGCGCGCAUCGCCAUGGCCAUCGAAGGCAGAGCAAGUCGAGAUGGCCAAAGCGGCAGCUACGAUCAUCAUUGCGAUUUGUUUCGCUGUCAGAGCUUUCAUGAUCCAUUGGCUGCCUGCAGCGACGACGACGAUGACGACAAGAACGUUGCGGAGGAGGAGCAGCGGGAGGACAAUGACCGGCACGGGCACGGGCACGGGCACGGGCACGGCUGCUACGACUCGCAAGGACAUCGCUUCCUCUGCAGCAGCUUGGCAAGACGAUGCUCAGCUCGUCGCUUCUUCCCAUUCAGAAAAAGCAUCAGCAUCAGCAUCGUCCAGCGCUACUUCGACAAGGAAAAGGAACAAGAACAAGAAGAUGAACUAG